AUGUCAAGAGUUUUAAUUUUUUUUAAAAAUUUAUUAUUAAUAUAUAUUUCUAAUUGCCUAUUAUACUUUAAUAAUAAGCAUUUAUUAAGUAUCAUGCAUUAUGAAAUGUACAAUACUAGGUUGGUUUCGAAUUUAAUUAUAAAACGAAGAUUAAGUGAAAUGUUAAUAUAUAACAAAAGAUCACAAUUAAAGGUCUCAAACAUUAAUAAUUAUAAUGAUGAUCAUGAAGAAAAUAAAAAUAGUUUAACUCAAAAAACAGAAAUGUUAAAAACUUUAAAUAGAAAUGAAAAUAAUAGAAAAUCAAAAAAAAGAAGAAAUUAUGAUGUAACUAAAAAAAAAGAAACGUUAGAAGAUUUACUAAAAGAAUAUGAUGAAGAAAUGAAAGAAAUAAAAAAAAAAAAAAAAAAAUCUUUUUUUAAAAGAGCAAAACUUGUAUUAGAAGCAUUUGAUAAUAUUUUUAUAGACAAGGUAACAGAUACAAAUAUACAUGAAAAAUAUUCAGAAUUAGAAGAAGAGAUAUUUGAAAAUGCUAUUAUACUUUCCAGUUCCUCGAUGAUUUUUGCUAUACCAAUAUUUUCAUAUUUAUGUAAACGCAUUAAUUUUUUCGAUUCACCUCAAUAA